GUCUAUGAGACUGUGGACUAGUAUGAGUGUGAAAUCAUUGAAACAUUGAAGUAUUGAUUGUAAGAGAGAUGGAAAAUCCUGUUCAUCAUUUCCGGCAUCCACAUCCACUAAGCCUCAGAAAGUUCAACCAGCCAGGAAGAAAAUGUCAUAUGUGCCAGCGCCAACUUGAUUUAGAUGCUACUGUCUACGGCUGUGAGAGAUGUAGUUUCUUUUUGCACAGAGCUUGCGCAAAAUUUCAACAACAAAUUAUACACCCCUUUCAUCCUCAUCAUACUCUUGCUUAUCUCGACGAAUCGCCUUAUGACAAUGAAACCUACUGCAGUGUUUGCAGCGAAAAGAUUAAGCAUGCUAUCUACCACUGCGAAGAGACCAAUUGUCAGUUUGAUCUGGACCUUGGAUGUGCUGCCUUGACGCCUAGUAAGAAGUAUGCAGAUCGUGUAGCAGAGCUUCAAGGAAAUCAUCAGCAUGCCUUAAUUUUACGUGACAAGCCAAAUGAAUUUUAUGAUUUUUACUACUUUUGCAGCCGCUGCUAUGAGCUUAUUGUCGAUGAUAAACUUAUAUUUGCGUGCCUGGAGUGUAAGUGUCUGUUAGAUGAAUCUUGCGCUGCUCAGGGACGUGAAAUCAAGCACCCUUUUCAUCCUGAUCACCCUCUCAAACUUCAGCCCGUGAACUCUGUAUCUCCAGCCAAAUGCAGCGUCUGUGCUUCUACAGAUCCUGCCUUAUUUGAAGAAAGAGCCCCUAGACUUGACUACUACCAUAGACAAGAACAUCAAGUUGGAGACAACUGAAGAAGAUACAGAUGGUUCAGAAGAUGAGGUGACCUUAGGACGUGAUUCUUCAGCUGUUGGAACUGAAGAAGUCAGCGAUGAGGCUACAUCAGGAGGUGGUUCUUCAGCAGUUGGAACUGAAGAAGUCGGUGAUGAGGAUGUAAAUACUGCUAUACAACGCCUAGACGAGCAAAUUGCAGCAGUCAGGAACAAAAUUGAAGCACAGGAAGCAGAAUUGGAGCAACUUGAGGGGAGACGUGCCCAGCUAAUUGCAAAAGAAAGACAACAUUCAGGAGAGUACUAGUAUAGAAUCUGUUUCUGCAUAUCAUCAAAUGCAAAAUAACAUGCACCAAAAAAAAAAAAAUUGGAAUGGGCCUUUUUCAGGUGAUUAGAGCAUUCUCAUGUUGAGAACUGCACCAGAAGUGUUGCCAUGAACAAAGAAAGAGUUGGUAUUUGACUAUUUGAACAGGAUAAUGUACCGGAUUUGUG